CACUGCGAUCGACCAAAUGCAGUAUACGGCUCACUGUUUCCCCUCUCUCAAAAUCAAACUCAAUCUCACCCUUUGCUCUACUACAAUCUCCGUCGACCAUCCAAAAUGAAAGACUCAGGACCCUUCAUCUUCUAUGACAUCGCGUCGCCCAUUGAGCCACGCUCAUAUGCACCAAACCCUUCAAAAGGCCGUUUAGCGUUGUCUUUCAAAGGCGUACCGUUCGAGACCACCUUUGUCGAGAUCACCGAUAUCAGUAAGGUCCGCAAGGGUCUUGACUGCCCCGCUACUCGCACGUUCGACGAUGGCUCCGAUUACUACACACUACCCAUGCUACAAGCCCCCUCAGGCGAGGUAAUCGGCGACUCAUUUGAUAUUGCCAACUACCUCGAGGACACCUUCCCAGACUCAGGCAGCCGUCUCUUUCCCCAGAACUCGACACGCACGGGACUCGACUACGAGAGCCCACAGAAAGACACCACCAUAAUGAUUCCGAUAACUACCAAUAAAGGUAAGAAUAAUCAGGACUACGCCCGCUUCAACUGGCACGUCGAUGUGACCUUCACUCAACACGUGCUCCUCGUCGCGUACUACAUGCCCUUCAAUCCCGCGACAGAAGAAGCUACGAGAGAAUGCUUCCUCAAGCGCGCGAAGAUGGAUUCCUGGGAGCAAUUUAAAGUCGAGGGCGAGAUGAGGGAGGGUAUCAAGGCGUCGUUCAAGGAGUCACUUACCUCGCUUGCUAAGCUGUUCACGGUGAAUGAGGAUGGGCCGUUUCUUGAGGGCAACGAAGCAAACUACGCGGACCUGAUUGUGGGAGGAUGGCUUAAUAUGUUCUCAGAGUGUAUGCCGUCGGAGGAGUGGAAGGACUUCAGGACGUGGCAUGGUGGGGUUUUCGCGAGACUGCAUGAUGCCCUGCAUGAAAAUUACUAUGUCUGCAAAUAGAGCAGAUGCGAAUUUUCGAGAUCAAAUCAUUAGAUCUCUGGAAGUUCCAGUCAAUUCGAAAGAAAAUCAUACGGAC